UAUUGGUACGACUACAAGCUCACUUGGGACCCGGAGGAGUACGGAGGAGUCGAUAUGCUACACGUGCCUUCCGACCACAUAUGGCGGCCCGAUAUUGUGCUCUACAACAAUGCCGACGGGAACUUCGAAGUGACGCUGGCGACGAAGGCCACCCUGCACAACAACGGCCUGGUGGAGUGGAAGCCCCCGGCCAUCUACAAGUCGUCCUGCGAAAUAGACGUGGAAUAUUUCCCGUUUGACGAGCAAACGUGUGUCAUGAAGUUUGGCUCUUGGACCUACGACGGGUUCCAGGUCGACCUUCGGCACAUCGACGAAGUGUCCUCGCAGGACAACGUCGUCAAGGUCGGCGUCGACUUGUCCGAGUUCUACAUGAGCGUCGAAUGGGACAUCUUAGAGGUGCCUGCCGUGCGGAACGAGAAGUUCUACACUUGCUGUGAUGAACCGUAUUUAGAUAUAACUUUCAACAUUACCAUGCGACGGAAGACGCUGUUCUACACGGUGAACCUGAUCAUCCCGUGCAUGGGGAUCUCCUUCCUCACCGUGCUCGUCUUCUAUCUUCCAUCCGACAGUGGGGAAAAGGCGAGAGAAAAACGUCCAAAAAAUUAUAAUCGACGAGAAUAA